AUGCCCAAGAACAUGCGGCCUCCGGAGGGCGUCGAGAGCUGGCUCAUGUUUGACGGGGUCUGCAACCUCUGCGACGGCUUCGUCAACUUUGUAGCGGACCACGACUCUGACAGACUCGUUAAGUUUGGGGCGCAGCAAAAGCACAUGGAGCUGCUCAAGCGCGCCGGCGCGCCGACCGACCUCUCGACCCUCGUGCUCAUCCAGGGAGAUCGACACUAUGUGUACAGCGACGCCGCGCUGCGGACCAUGGCUGUGCUGGACUGGCCCUGGCGUGGGCUCGCUGCGUUUGCGCUCGUGCCGUCGCCGGUGCGGGAUGCGUGCUACAAGUUCGUGGCGAGGUACAGAUACCUGGUGUUUGGGAAGACCGAGUCGUGCCGCGUGCCGACCGGCGACUUCCGGCGCCGCUUCAUCGACUACCGUCCAGAGGAGGAGGAGGCUGAUCCCAUCUCGUCCACGUGA